GGGAGGAGCUGGAGCCGGGAGUGAUUCACCUUUCCCGGCCCUUCAGGCUCGCCCCAACUCCGGAUCUGGGCGGAGGGGCCCUGGGGCGUGUUUCCCCACCCCUUGCGGACUUCGGAACUGACUCGGACAGACUGGCGCCGGAACAGGAGUGGUCUCUACUGGACGACAACUUGGUGGGUUCGGGUCCUGCAAGAAUGCGGGCCCUGUCGGCCGUGGACGCACUUGCCAGAAUGCGACCCUCUCUCCGGGACCCCAGGGCGGUGGAGGACACGCACACGGCGCGGCCAGCGCGCAAGAGCGCGGUGGAGAGACUGGCAGCCGACCGCGCCAAGUACGUUCGAAGCACGCCGGGAUCCAGCCAGGGUUCUGUCUCCGAGGCCAGGGUCCCUGAGACCCCAGGGGUGCAGCACCGCAACCCAGUUCCUUCGGCUCUUACUCCAGCUCCCGUAGCCCGAAGGGUUAUCCCUCGGAAGCCGCUGAGACCUGAUUCGUUGGUCAUCUACCGACAGAAAUGCGAAUUCGUCCGAGGGCCAGGAACAGACGGUUCCAGAGGGGGAACGGUGAAGAAGUUUUCCCAGGGGUCUCCCAAGGACAAAAUGCCAGUAUCCCCUGAGACGACCGUGGUGUCAGGUGAGGGCAAGACGAAGGAAACAGCGGUCACUUGGACCAAGUUCGAUCAGAGGGUAGCCACUAGCCCAGCCUCUCCGUUAUCACUUCCCACCCCUGUAGUGGCCACGGAGUCCCCAGAUGUGCCUCUGAAGGUGACUUCCGAGGUUCCAGUCGCACCCUCCGCUGUGGAGCUACGGGUGUCGCGUCGCAGAGGAUUGCAGCGCUCUCAGUCAGAUCUCAGCUCCCGCUACUCGAUAGCCAGGGCCGAACCCGACAACUUCUUUCUUUAUUGCGGCCUGGAACCUGAAGUGGUGGAGGCUCUUGGGAGAGAGAACUUCUCUGCUGGGUCCGACAGUGUUACAUUCAAAGUGCGGAGCGUGAGCAUGGCUACUUCUGAUAGUAGCUUCUCCAGGCACAGCGAGGACGGACUGCAAGAAGAGGAGCUCAUGGAGCAGAUGCCUAGCACCACCUCGGUAGUAGAAAGGAACGCCCGUAUCAUAAAGUGGCUGUUUACCUGCAAGAAGGCCAAAGAAACCCCCAGCCAGAGGUUGCAGGGACCUGCCUGAUUGACGUCUGAUCCAGGUUAGAAGGAAGCAAACUUUUCCAUGAUGAAGGGACCCUUAAAUUGAAUGGACUUCUGAGCCAUGUGUUUGAUUCUGUUGACCAGGCUUGUAUAUUGGUCAUGGUGAAGUGCUGUGGUGAAGAUGGGCGGGAAGAUAUUAGUAGUUGUGAGAGGCAUCCUCCUUGUGAGAGUCUAUCUCAAAAGGCAGCUGAAGAAAUGAUAGCUGUUGGAGAAUAUUUUCAGGACUUUUUUUUGCCUGACGUACUGACAGUUUCUGCAAUGUGUUUUGAUAAUGUGUAAAUAGAUGCUUUCAAAGAAAGGAAGACAGUAUGAAAUCAAGCAUGGAUGUGGUAGUAUACUUCUUUCAACUAAUUUAUGCUACUUAUAGUUAUGUAAGCACAAAGAGGUAUCUAUUAAGUGCUGUGGCUGAGACCAUCAUUUGGCACAUACAUUGGUUUCCAAGCUUUAUUAUAACUAAACUGUAGUUAUUUCUAUACUAUACAACGGAUAGUCUUUUGUAAUGAUUUUAAGAGGACAUUUAAAAUCACUUUAAGGCUUCAUGGUUCAUUUUGUUAAUUCCACUUUCUUCUUGACCAUAAAUAUAUAAAAACACCCAUUGGGAGAUUCAUGAGACUAGAGAGCAUGCAAAAAAAAAUAAAAGUCCUCUUUUUGCACUUGUUCAAUGUAUUUGUAAUUAGGGAGGUCCAUAAGAGCCUGGAAUAUAAGAUAACAAGUAUUUACUUAUUUGGGGAAAAACUCACAAUAAGGAUAGAGAGACACAGUCCUCUGUGAACACUGGAAGCUGUGAGCCAAACUCUGACCACCAAUGAAGAGAAAGCAAGCAUGCUUCCUGUCUGUGCUUAUGGUACCUCAAACCAUGCCCUAAUGGGCCAGUACCCAAGAAGUUAUUGACUGAAUGAAUUCCCACAACACCAACCCCUUUUGUCUAAAUAAGAGAGUUCUAACCCUAAUACAAAACUAUAUACAAUAAGAGCAAAUAGCAAGUAUUGUCCAGGAAAAAUAAAAGGCAAAAAUAUAUACACAAAAAUAGAACUACAAUCCACAUGAACAGCCUCAAACAAGAAACACAAGCUACAUGUUCAGUCUAAGGUAAUGAGCAAAUAACAGAGAUUAUUUUACUAGCUGUCCUAUCCUGAGAAGUCUAAAUCUUAUACUAAAAUGUCUCAGCCAAGUUAUGAGAGGAAAGUAGCUAUGACUAUUUAGUCUACAACCCCAUCAAAGACCUGAGAAGGAAAAUAAUAUUUCCUGAGUAAGCUGUGGUGCAAGCAAACAACUUCCAAAAGGUGUGAGAAAUGACAGAGACAGCUUGCUAUCUGGACAAUCAUCCAAAGUCGCAUUUGCAAUGUUGGGGCAACCAAAUUUGGCUAAGACCUAGAGCAACUGACAAACCAUUUUCAGAGGCAGGAAAAUUCGAAAGACUGUCCUACCUUGUCUUCACAGGUUCAGCAGUCAUUUUUGCUUGUAUCUUGUUUCUCAGGUUUGGACAGAGUGCAUUUUGUCAAUAGUCAAAGCAAGGGAAAUUUUUUGCCCAAAUACCGGUUUUGCCAAGAAGAAAACAAGCUCCAAGUGGAGUGUCUUCGGUGUUCAUCAUUCUCUCAGGAAUAGAUUGGUGCUGCCAGGAGCAACCAUGUUUUAUGUCAGCAGAAUCCUGAGUUAUUUAGAUAUUGUAUUCUACAGUUCUGUCUAUGUGGAAUACAAUCUCUGUGCAUUUAGAGAAUCUGACUAGUCUAACUAUAAGUAUGGCAAAUAUGGGUGACUAUUGACUUAUAAUUCUUUAAACUUUAAGUAUAGCUUAAAGACUAAGGUUUCACAUUAUAAAAUUAAACAGUCUUUAAACAGAUAUAUAGCAAAUGAGGGCAAUGAUCCCAAAAAUGUAAACAAUCUAUGUAAGUAUCUUGAUCAGAGAUAGAAAUGUAUAGUGCAAUAUGAAAAAUAUAUCCUAAAAUUGCAUCAAUAUCCAAAAUGU